AUGCUAGCACAUUGGGAUGACGUGGGGUGCUUCACCAAUGCACCUGUCAAACCUGCAACAACAAAGCCCCCGAUAGGUGGCACUACCACAUCAAAACCAACUGCAGCGUUCGGGUGUUUCAGUGAUGGGAGGUUUUACUUUUUUGGUCAAGAAAUGCACUGGACACCGUGUGAGACAACAUAUUGUCGGGAAGGUGGCGUGCCGGUUGUCUGGCACAAUCCACAGUGUAGCGUGUCUCCAACAACUCCAAUGACAUCUCCAACAACUCCCAUGACAUCUCCAACAACUCCCAUGACAUCUCCAACCAGAGCACCAACCUCAACCACAAAACAAACAACAUAUUCAAUCAUUACACAGACAUCAGAAUCUGACAAGCAAACGACAAUCAAAACAACAAAUUUUUCAAAGGGAACUACAGUUGCAACAUCAAGUACCCCUACCACACAGGCUUUCUUAAACACAGAUUCAACUAGUCCAGCCGUGAAGGAGUCCACAGGAAAAGAGAGCAUGGAAAACUCAAGCAUAUCCCAAACGACAACAUCCGACUCAAAAACUGUCGCAACAACUACACUUACAACCAUCGGCCCAACUGCGACGCCAAUUGAACCCUCUACUACAAACAUGGCUCAGAAUGACACAAUUUCAAGCCCUGAUCCGACUACAAGAAUCCCACUUGAGCAGACAACUAAGUCAAAUACAACCAUCUCGAAUGAAUCAAGAUACAGUACGAAGGAACCUAUUGUUUGUCUAUAUAAUGACACGUACUACAUAGCUGGGAGUAACAUCGUUAGGAGUAAUUGUUCUGGACUAUAUUGUGAUCAAGAUGGAGAGUUAAUUCAUUGGAAUGAUACAGAUUGCGUUCCUGAUGAAAGCACAGCAAGUAUAACUGUAACUUUGGAACAAAUAACUGAUCUAGAUACCACUACUAGUGCAACAACUGAGGAACUUAUUUCGUGUUUCUAUAAUGGUACAUACUACCCAGCUGGUGUUAACAUAGUUAGAAAUAAAUGUUCAGGCUUGUAUUGUGAUCAAAAUGGAAAGUUGGUACAUUGGAAUGAAACUGACUGCUAUAUUGAUGUAACAACUGAUGCUACAACGGAUCUAUUUAUUAGUCCAGGUGCAAACAGUGAUCUAGGUUAUCUAAAUAUAACCACCGAUAUUACAACUGAUCCUGAGAAUACCACUGAUGCUACAACUGAUCUAGAUAAUACCAAUGAUACAACAACCGAUCUAGAUAAUACCAGUGAUACUUCAACUGAUCUAGAAAAUAUCACUGAUACAACAAUUGCUCUGGAUAAUACCACUGAUACAACUGAUCUAGAUAUAAUCUCAAUUGCUACAACUAAUUUAGAUAUUACUACUGAUGCUACAACUGAACUAGAUAAUGCCACUGAAACUACAACUGAUCUAGAUAAAACCAGUGAUCCUACAACUGAUCUAGAAAAUAUCACUGAUACAACAACUUUUGUAGAUAAUACCACUGAUACAACAACUGAUUUAGAUAAUACCACUGAAACUUCAACUGAUUUAGAUAAUACGAGUGAUACUACAACUGAUCUCGAUAAUACCACUGAUACUACAACUGCUCUAGAUAUUCCCAAUGAUACUACGACUGAUCUAGAUAAUACCACUGAUGCUACAACUGAUCUAGAUAAUAUCACCGAUGCUACAGCUGAUUUAGAUACUACUACUGAUACUACAACUGAUAAAAGUAUAACAACCGAUGCUACAACUGAUCUAGAUAAUACCACUGAUACUACAACUGCUCUAGAUAUUCCCAAUGAUACUACGACUGAUCUAGAUAAUACCACUGAUGCUACAACUGAUCUAGAUAAUAUCACCGAUGCUACAGCUGAUUUAGAUACUACUACUGAUACUACAACUGAUAAAAGUAUAACAACCGAUACUAUAACUGAUCUUGAUAAUACUAGUGAUUCAACAACUGAUUUAGAUAUUACUACUGGUACUACAACUGAUCUAGAUAUUACCGCUGAUGCUCCAACUGAUCAAAGUAUAACCACCGAUUUAGAUAUUACAACUGAUGUUACAACUGUUCUAGUUAUCACCACAGAUGAUACAACUGAUCUAGAUAAUACCACUGAUGCUACAACUGAUCAAAGUAUAACAACCGAUUUAGAUAUUACAACUGAUGUUACAACUGUUCUAGUUAUCAACACUGAUGAGACAACUGAUCAAGAUAAUACCACUGAUACUACAAUUGAUCAAGAUAAUACCACUGAUACAGCAACUGAUUUAGAAAUAACCACUGAAACUACAACUGAUCUAGAUAAUACCAGUGAUUCUACAACUGAUUUAGCUAUUACAACUGAUGUUACAACUGUUCUAGAUAAUACCAGUGAUACUACAACUGAUUUAGAUAUUUCUACUGAUGUUACAACUGAUCUAGAUAAUACCAGUGAUACUACAACUGAUUUAGAUAUUACAACUGAUCUAGAUAAUACCAGUGAUACUACAACUGAUGUUACAACUGAUCUAGAUAAUACCAGUGAUACUACAACUGAUUUAGAUAUUACAACUGAUGUUACAACUGAGCUAGAUAAUACCAGUGAUACUACAACUGAUUUAGAUACUACAACUGAUGUUACAACUGAUCUAGAUAAUACCAGUGAUACUACAACUGAUUUAGAUAUUACAACCGAUACUACAACUGAUCUAGAUAAUACCACUGAUACUAUAACUGAUCUAGAUAAUAACAAUGGUACUACAACUGAUCUAGAUAAUACCACUGAUGCUACAACUGAUCAAGAUAAUACCACUGAUGCUACAACUGAUUUAGAUAAUACCACUGAUGCUACAACUGAUCUAGAUAUUACUACUAAUACUACAACUGAUCAAAGUAUAACAACCGAUACUACAACUGAUCUAGAUAAUACCACUGAUACUAUAACUGAUCUAGAUAAUAUCAAUGGUACUACAACUGAUCUAGAUAAUACCACUGAUGCUACAACUGAUCAAGAUAAUACCACUGAUGCUACAACUGAUUUAGAUAAUACCACUGAUGCUACAACUGAUCUAGAUAUUACUACUAAUACUACAACUGAUCAAAGUAUAACAACCGAUACUACAACUGAUCUAGAUAAUACCACUGAUGCUACAACUGAUUUAGAUAUUACUACUGAUACUACAACUAAUCAAGAUAUUACCACUGAUGCUACAACUGAUUUAGAUAUAACUUCUGAUACUACAACUGAUCUAGAUGAUACCACUGAUGCUACAACUGAUCUAGAUAUUACUACUGAUACUACAACUGAUCAAAGUAUAACAAACGAUACUACAACUGAUUUAAGUAAUACCAUAGAUACUACAACUAAUCUUGAUAAUACCAGUGAUUCCACAACUGAUUUAGAUAUUACUACUGAUGCUCCAACUGAUCAAAGUAUAACAACCGAUUUAGAUAUUACAACUGAUGUUACAACUGAUCUAGAUUAUUUCACUGAUGCUACAAAUGAUCCAGUGAAUACAACUGAUCCUACAACAUAUCUAAAUAUUACUACUGAUGCUCCAACUGGUCAAAGUAUAACAACCAAUGCUACAACUGAUUUAGAUAUUAAAACUGAUGUUACAACUGUUCUAGAUAUUAUUACUGAUGCUACAACUGAUUUAGAUAUUACCACUGAUGCUACAUCUGAUCUAGAUAUUUCUACUGAUGCUCCAACUGAUCAAAGUAUAUCAACCGAUGCUACUACUGAUUUAGAUAUUAUCACUGGUGGUACAACUGAUCAAGACAAUACCACAGGUACUACAACUGAUUUAGAAAUUACCACGAGUCCUACAAUUGAAUUAGAUAUUACUAGUGAUGCUACAUCUGAUCAAAGUAUAACAACUGAUUCUACAACUGAAUUAGAUAUUACAACUGAUGCUACAACUGAUCUUGAAAUUACCACUGGUGGUACAACUGAUCUAAUUAUUACCACUGGUGCUACAACUGACCUAGAUAAUACAACUGAUGCCUCAACUAAUCUAGAUGAUACCACUGAUACAACAACUGAUCCAGAUAAAUCCACUGAUGCUACAUCGAAUCUAGAUAUUACCACUGGUGCUACAACUGAUCUAAAUAAUACCACUGAUACUUCAACUAAUUUAAAUAAUACAUCUGAUGCUACAACUGAUCUAGAUAAAAACCCUGAUGCUACGACUGAUCCAGAUAUUACCCCUGCUGCUACAAUUAUUUUAGAUAUUACCACCGAUGCUACAACCGAUCAAGGAAGAACCACCGAUGCUACAACUAAUCAAAGAAUAACCACUGGUGCUACAAAUAGUGUAGAUAAUACCACUGAUACUACAACUGACCUAGAUAUUGCCACUGAUAUUACAACUGAUCUAGAUAAUGCCACUGAUGCUACAACUGAUCUAAAUAAUACGACUGAUACUACAACUGAUCUUGAUAUUACCACUGGUGGUACAACUGAUACUUCAACUGAUCUAAAUUAUACCACCGAUGCUACAGUUGAUCUAGAUAAUAACACUAAUGCUACAACUGAUCUAGGUAAUACCACAUAUAUUACAAGUGAGCUAGAUAAUACCAUUGAUACUACAACUGAUUUGGAUAGUACCUCUGGAGCUACAACUGAUCUAGAUAUUACUACUGAUGCUGCAACCAAUUUAGACAGUACCACUAAUACUACAACUGAUCUAGAUAAUAUCACUGAUACUACAACUGAUCUAGAUAUCACCAUUGGUACUACAACUAAUUUAGAAAUUGCCACUGGUACUACAACUGUUCUAGAUAAUACCACUGAUACUACACCUCUUUUAGAUAUCACCACUGGUGUUACAACAUAUCUAGAUAUUUCCAUUGAUACUACAUCUGAUCUAGAUAAUACCACUGAUUCUACAACUGAUCUGGAUAAUACCACUGAUACUACAACUGAUCUAGAUAUCACCACUGGUCCUUCAACUGAUCUAGAUAUUACCACUGAUACUACAACUAAUCUAGAUAUUGUGACUGAUAUUACAAAUGAUCUAGAUAAUGCCACUGAUGCUACAACUGAUCUAGACAAUAUCACUGAAACAACAACUGAUCUAGAUAUCACCAGCGGUGCAACAAAUGAUCUAGAUAUUACCAUUGAUACUACAACUAAUCUAGAUAUUGCCACUGAUACUACAACUGAUCUAGAUAAUACCACUGAUGCUACAACUGAUCUAGAUAUCACCACUGGUACUACAACUGAUCUAGAUAAUACCACUGAUGCUACAACUCAUGAUCUAGAUAAUGCCACUGAUGCUACAACUGAUCUAGAUAUCACCAUGGGUGCUUCCACUGAUCUAGAUAUUACCACUGAUGCUACAACUGAUCUAGAUAUCACCACUGGUACUACAACUAAUCUAGAUAUUGCCACUAAUGCUACAACUGAUCUAGAUAAUACCACUGAUGCUACAACUGAUCUAGAUAAUGCCACUGAUGCUACACCUGAUCUAGAUAUCACCACGGGUGCUUCCACUGAUCUAGAUAUUACCAUUGAUAUUACAACUGAUCUAGAUAAUGCCACUGAUGCUACAACUGAUCUAGAUAAUACCAUUGAAACAACAACUGAUCUAAAUAUCACCACUGGUACUACAACUAAUCUAGAAAUUGCCACUGAUACUACAAUCGAUCUAGAUAAUACCACUGAUGCUACAACUGAUUUAGAUAUAACCAAAGAUGCUACAACAGAUCAAAGUAUAACAACUGUUGCAACUGAUUUAGAUAUUACCACUAAUGUUACAACUGAUAUAGAUGUAACCACUGAUGCAACAAUUGGUUUAGAUAUUACCUCUGAUGCUUCAGCUGAUCAGAGCAUAACAACUAUUGCUUCAACUAAUUUGGAUUCAACAACUGAUGCUAUAGCUGAUUUAGAUAGAACAACUGAUGCUUCACCUGAUCUUGAUAUAACCACAAAUGCAGCAACCAAAGAAAGUAUAAAAACUGAUAUUACAACUCAUCAAAGUAUAACAACUGAUGCGACAACUGAUUUAGAUAUUACUACAAAUGCAGCAACUGAACAAAGUAUAACCAAUGAUGCAUCAACUGCUUCAGAUAUCACUACUGAUGCUACAACUCAUCAAAGCUUAACAACUGAUGCAUCAUCUGACUUAGAUAUUACUACUGAUGCUUCAACUGAUCAAAGCAUAACAACUCUUGCUACAACGAAUUUGGAUUCAACAACUGAUACUACAACUGAUUUAGAUAUAACAACUGAUGCUACAACUGAUUUAGAUAUAACAACUGAUGCUACAACUGAUUUAGAUAUAACAACUGAUGCUACAACUGAUUUAGAUAUAACAACUGAUACUACAACUGAUUUAGAUAUAACAACUGAUACUACAACUGAUUUAGAUAUAACAACUGAUGCUACAACUGAUUUAGAUAUAACAACUGAUGCUACAACUGAUUUAGAUAUAACAACUGAUGCUACAACUGAUCCGGAUAAUACCACAAAUGCAGCAACUGAACAAAGUAAAAUCACUGUAGUAAAAACUGAUCAAAGUAUAACAACUGAUGUUACAACUGAUCCAAGUAUAACAACUGAUGCCAAAACCGAUUUAGAUAUCACAACGAAUUCAACAGCUAAUUUAGAUAUCACUUCUAAUGCUAAAACUGAUUUAGAUAUCAUCACUGAUAGUACACAUGAUUUAGAAAUAACCACUGCUGUUACAACUGAUUUAGUUAUCAUCACUGAUGCAACAACUGGUUUAGAUAAUACCAUUGAGGCAACAACGGAUUCAGUCUCGAGUGUAUCUACUGACGCAACAACAGAUUUAUACAUGAGUUUAUCCACUGAAGAAGCGACUGAAAUAAACCCGACUGUAUUCAAUAAAUCAACCACGGUGCCAGACCCCAGUGUAAUCACUGUAAACCAAAAUGUAUCCACUGAGGUAACAACAGAAUCAGACCACAGUACAUUGACUGAAACAACAACGGGGUCAGCCCCGAGUGUAUCCACUGAGGUAGCAACAGAAUCAAACAAGAGUGUACCAACUAAUGCAUUCACUGAAGUAACAACGGAUUCAGACACGAAUGCAUCCACUGAGGCAGUGACGGAUAUAAUCAUGACUGUAUUCACUGAAUCAACAACAGUGUCAGACCCGAGUGUAAUCACUGAUGCAGCGACAGAAUUAAACCAAAGUUUAUUCACCAAGGCAACGACUGAAUCAGAGAGGAGUGUAUCUACUGAGGCAGUGACAGAAUCAAACCCGGAUGUAUCCAGUGAGGCGACCACAGAAUCAGACAGGAGUGUUUCCACAGAGGUAGCAACAGAAUCAAACCAGAGUGUAACCACCAAGGCAACGACUGAAUCAGACAGGAGUACAUCUACUGAGGCAGUGACAGAAUCAAACCCGGAUGUAUCCAGUGAGGCAACCACACAAUCAAACAAAAUGUUAUCCUCUGAGUCAACGAAAGAAUUAAACCCAAAUGCUGCAACUGAGGUAACGACACAAUUAGGCUCACACACCUCAAGCGAAGCAGCAACAGAAGCAAAUCCUAGUGUAACCACAAAAACAGGUUUAACUAUAAGCGUAAACCCUACAUUAGAAUCGGAUAUAGAAACAACUCGUAGAGUAACAACAGAAAGUACUAAUGAAAUAACAGAUGAAGAUAUCACUGUAACCAAUGGGGCAACAACAAAAACAGAUAUUGGUAUCAGCGUAACCAAUGCAGCAACUACAAAUGGAGAAAAUGGUAUGCCUGCUGGAGAAACGACAGAUGAAAACACCAGCGUAGUUACUGCAGCAACAACGAAAGCAGACAAUGGUAUAACUAUCGCUACAGAAGAAGACAUCGACCUAACUACUGAAGCAACAACGAAAGCAGACAUUGGUAUAACUAUCGAUGAUACAGAUGAAAACAUUGGCCUAACUACUACAGCAACAACGAAGGUAGACAUUGGUAUAACUAUCGUUGAAACAACAGAUAAAAACAUCGGCCUAACUACUGCAGCAACAACAAAAGCAGACAUUGGUAUAACUAUCGGUGAUACAACAGAUGAAAACAUCGGACUAACUACUGAAGCAACAACGAAAGCAGACAUUGGCAUAACUAUCGGAGAAACUACAAAUGAAAACAUCGGACUAACUACUGCAGCAACAACUAAAGCAGACAUUGGUAUAACUAUCGGAGAAACUACAAAUGAAAACAUCGGACUAACUACUGCAGCAACAACGAAAGCAGACAUUGGUAUAUCUAUCGGAGAAACUACAAAUGAAAACAUCGGCCUAACUACUGCAGCUACAACGAAGGCUGACAUUGGUAUAACUAUCGGUGAAACUACAGAUGAAGACAUCGGCCUAACUACUGCAGCAACAACGAAAGCAGACAUUGGUAUAACUAUCGGUGAAACUACAGACGAAGAUGUCAGCGUAGCUUCUACAGCAACAACGAAAGCAGACAUUGGUAUAACUAUCGGUGAAACUACAGAUGAAGACAUCGGCCUAACUAGUGCAGCCACAACGAAAGCAGACAUUGGUAUAACUAUCGGUGAAACAACAGAUGAAAACAUCGGCCUAACUACUGCAGCAACAACGAAAGCAGACAUUGGUAUAACUAUCGGUGAAACUACAGAUGAAGACAUCGGCCUAACUACUGCAGCAACAACGACAGCAGACAUUGGUAUAACUAUCGGUGAAACUACAGAUGAAGACAUCGGCCUAACUACUGCAGCAACAACGAAAGCAGACAUUGGUAUAACUAUCGGUGAAACUACAGAUGAAGACAUCGGCCUAACUACUGCAGGAACAACGAAAGUAGACAUUGGAAUAACUAUCGGUGAAACUACAGAUGAAGACAUCGGCCUAACUACUGCAGCAACAACGAAAGCAGACAUUGGUAUAACUAUCGGAGAAACUACAGACGAAGAUGCCAGCGUAGCUUCUACAGCAACAACGAAAGCAGACAUUGGUAUAACUAUCGUUGAAACUACAGAUGAAGACAUCGGCCUAACUACUGCAGCAACAACAAAAGCAGACAUUGGUAUAACUAUCGGUGAUACAACAGAUGAAAACAUCGGACUAACUACUGAAGCAACAACGAAAGCAGACAUUGGUAUAACUAUCGGUGAAACUACAGAUGAAGACAUUGGCCUUACUACUGCAGCAACAACGAAAGCAGACAUUGGUAUCAGUAUCGGUGAAACUACAGAUGAAGACAUCGGCCUAACUACUGCAGCAACAACGAAAGCAGACAUUGGUAUAACUAUCGGUGAAACUACAGACGAAGAUGUCAGCGUAGCUUCUACAGCAACAACGAAAGCAGACAUUGGUAUAACUAUCGGUGAAAUUACAGAUGAAGACAUCGGCCUAACUACUGCAGCAACAACGAAAGCAGACAUUGGUAUAACUAUCGGUGAAACUACAGACGAAGAUGUCAGCGUAGCUUCUACAGCAACAACGAAAGCAGACAUUGGUAUAACUAUCGGUGAAACUACAGACGAAGAUGUCAGCGUAGCUUCUACAGCAACAACGAAAGCAGACAUUGGUAUAACUAUCGGUGAAACUACAGACGAAGGUGUCAGCGUAGCUUCUACAGCAACAACGAAAGCAGACAUUGGUAUAACUAUCGGUGAAACUACAGACGAAGAUGUCAGCGUAGCUUCUACAGCAACAACGAAACCAGACAUUGGUAUUACUAUCGGUGAAACUACAGAUGAAGACAUCGGCCUAACUACUGCAGCAACAACGAAAGCAGACAUUGGUAUAACUAUCGGUGAAACUACAGACGAAGAUGUCAGCGUAACUACUACAACAACAACAACAACAACGAAAGCAGACAUUGGUAUAACUUCUGGUCAAACAACAGAUGAAGGCAUCAGCGUAACUACUGUAGCAACAACGAAAGCAGACGUCGGAAUAACGGUCGGUGACACAACAGAUAAAGAUAUUGAUAUAACUACAGGAAGGAGCAUACAUGCAAGAUCGACUUCUGAACCUCUUUCUCUACUUUACCCCACUACUUCUGCUCCUAUUGUUACCUCAAUAACUAAUAACUUAACUGUAACUGAAAAACACUCAAGUAAACGAAAGCGCCAUGUCAAGAGAGCGACUGCAAGUGAAGAAUUUAUUGUGCCCCUAAAAGUACAACGAAGAAGAAGACGCAAAACAAGCAAGUCAUUUCCAGAUAAAAAUGUACCUGAAACCAGAUCUCCCAAGAACACUGUUUUAAGAUAUAUUCUUUCCAAAAUGUAUGAGCUUGAAUUAAUGAUCAAUUAUGAUGUACCAAGCACAAACAAUGAUCUAUUAGCGACGAUUCGUGAUCGUGAAGCAGCAAACAAUGGGCUGUCUUCAUUCGAGACUGGAAGAAUAUAUUUGGAGAAGAAUUACGUUGUUCCAAGAGGCAGAUUAUUGGAUAACGCCAUUACCACAUAUGAAGACACAACGAGGAAUGAAGGAGUUAAUGACACAUCUAAAACACGAUCACCUAUUUCAACAAUGGCAAACGACAAUAAUACUUCGACCAAUGAAAGAAAAACAACAACGUUUGAUACUACCACUAAUAUCACCACUGUACCACCAUUAGAUGUCACAACCGAUCUGUUAAAAAAUAAUUCUCAUUCUUCUACUGAUUCAAAAUCAAAUGCGUCAUCCUUACCUGAUAUCACUCUUGGUGUGGAAAAUAGUUCUACAAACUUUAUAUCCACAACUAUGGCAAGCGAAUUUCAUACCGCACAGACAACUGGUUCAAUUAUUUUGUCAACCUUGUUACAGAACUCCACUAACGUUACUAUAGCUACCACAUCUGUUGCUACGGAUACUGUGAUAUCACAACAAACUACAGCUAUAUUACCAAUUCUAACAUCGACAAUAUCAGCUAUAUCUCAAUUUGUUUCUACUUCCAUUUCAAGUAUUAUAGUGUCAGGUACUACGAAUGCAGGUGGUCAAAAUGAGGAGACAACAACUUCACUUAAUACAAAUGUUACGGCCAAAACUACACAGACAAAUACUCAGACUGUUGGGGAGACAGUACACUCAAAUACGAUUACGACAGAUAUGACGUUGUCAUCACAAACUUUGAACAAUGUUACGACAACUACUACUACUACUAUAUCAGGAGUAACAUCAGAAGUUACAGGGCUAACAAAUUCUCCAACUUCAAAUGGAACAACGCGUGUAACUAAUCUUACAGGCGCACUCACCACAGAUGGAAUAUUCGAAAGCACUAGGGUUCCAAAUCCCCCAAAUGGCACCCUGGAUGACAAUCAAAAAUCUACCAAGGCGCAUUAGACUCAACAAGAACAACAUCCCAAUCAUUGUUUCCAUCCAUAGCAUCAUCGGCAUCUUCCACAAAAGAUGUUACACCCACAGCAAAAGCUACUUCACCCAAAAUAAGAUAUGCAACUAGAAAACAACUUCCGACAUCAACGUUAGAUCCUAUACUCUUUGACAUGCCAAGAAUAUUUAAUCCACUGAAUAUACUUAAAACUCGCCUAACAAGAGAUAUAGUCAACAAAAAUAAUGAUGCAAUAUUACAGAACGGUCGCAAUUGUUCCAGCGGACUCAUUGAUUGCAACAUUACACAGUUGCUUUCCUUAUUAAUAGUGAU